UCUUGCUUCUUAAGUAUAGAGAGAGGAACCUUCUAGUUCUAGCUUAAUUGCUUUUCCACUUUAUAAGUUAGAGUGUGCAAAAACAAAACAAAACCUAAACAAAAAACAUGGGAAGAGCUCCUUGUUGUGCCAAAGUUGGAUUGCACAAGGGUCCAUGGACUACUAAAGAAGAUGCAUUGCUUACAAAAUAUGUUCAAGCUCAUGGUGAAGGCCAAUGGAAAUCACUUCCUAAAAAAGCUGGACUUCUUAGAUGUGGGAAAAGUUGUAGACUUAGAUGGAUGAAUUAUCUUAGACCAGAUAUAAAGAGAGGUAACAUAACUCAAGAAGAAGAUGAUCUCAUAAUAAGAUUACAUUCACUUCUUGGAAAUAGAUGGUCACUUAUAGCCGGAAGAUUACCAGGACGAACAGACAAUGAAAUAAAGAACUACUGGAACACACAUCUUCUUAAAAAGAUGCAAAGAAAUCAACAAACAUGUGAUGUUACAACAGAUCAUGAUGAACAAGAACAACCCAAGAAAAAGAACAACAACAAAAAGAAAAAGAGAAACAACAAAGAGAAGAAAAAUGACAAGAAAAAAGGUACAAAUAAUGAUGAUAAAGAAGAAGAAGAAAAAAUCCAAGUUUAUUUACCAAAAGCUAUUAGGAUAAAAGCUUUAAAUUUACCAAGAACGGAUAGUGGUUCAUUUACAUAUGAAUCAAAUUCAUCAAAUGGUAGCCAACAAAAAGAAGGAACACAACAAGUGACAAACAACAAUAAUAAUAACAACAACGUUGUUUGUGAGGUUGGUGAGAAGGGAGAAAAUGACGGAUUUGGGCAUGACUAUGACUAUGACUUAGUCAACGUUGAAAGGUUAGAGAUGGAAUGUGAGUCAUAUUUUGACACUUGUGGUGAUCAUGGAACAUUAGAUAGACUCUAUGAUGAAUACUUGCAACUCUUGAACAUGGAUGUUUGCAAUUACGAGUUUGAUUCUUCUUUUGUUGAAUCCUUCUUUGAUUCAAACAAUAAUUAAUAUUUAAUAAUAUUCUCUACCUUCAUCUAAA